CGUUGCUGUCCUGUUAUUUAUUCAGAGACAUGCUUCUGAGAGUUAUUGUGCUGGCUCUUUCGGUAUGGAGUGAAGAUCCUGUUUGCAAACUAUGGGGAAAACCUGAUAUUCCUCUUCUUUCAAAGUCUGGUGACUUCAUGUUGGGUGGAAUUUUUACACUUCAUAAUAACAUUAUAGCAUCCAAACCCACACUUAAGUCUACACCUGAACCAUUAUUCUGUACAGGUUUAAAUUAUAAAGAAUAUCAGUUUGCUGAAACCAUGAUCUUUGCGAUUGAACAAAUAAACAACAGAACAGAUAUUUUGCCUAAUGUGUCGCUGGGAUAUAAGAUAUAUGAUACUUGUGAUACAGUUCCUUUGGCAAUCAAAGCUGCAAUGGCACUAAUGAGUGGAGCAGGAGAAGCACAACCAUCAACCCUGCCAUGUUCUCAACAGUCUAGCAUUCAUGCAAUCAUAGGACAUUCUGCAUCUUCUCCAACUAUUGGUAUCGCUACACUUGUUGGUCAAUUUAACAUACCAGUGAUCAGUCAUUUCGCUACUUGUGCUUGUCUCAGCAACAGGAAAGAGUUUCCCACUUUUUUCAGAACAAUACCAAGUGAUUAUUAUCAAAGCAGGGCACUGGCACAACUUGUCAAGCAUUUUGGAUGGACCUGGGUGGGAACAAUAAGAAGUGACAAUGACUACGGCAAUUCUGGCAUGGCUACCUUUAUAAAAGCAGCUGAACAGGAAGGUAUCUGCAUUGAAUAUUCAGAGGUUAUUUACAGAACCAAUUCAAGAGAGAAAUUUCUUAAAACAGUCGAAGUAAUUAAAAUGGCUUCUUCCAAGACUAUUGUAGCCUUUGCAAUUUUUAUAGACAUGGAAUUUUUAAUUAAGGAAUUGCUGCUUCAAAAUAUUACAGGGUUACAGUGGGUAGGCAGUGAGUCCUGGGUUUCCGCCAAAAAUGUGGCAACUAAGGAAAACUACAGAAUUUAUAAAGGAGCGAUUGGUUUUUCAAUUGCUAAUGCAGAAAUACCAGGGCUGAAAGAAUUUUUACUUUCAGUUCGUCCAUCUAGCACUUCAGGCAAUACAGGUUUGAUUAAACUUUGGGAAGAUAUGUUUGAUUGCAGUUUCAACACUUCACAUUCUAAAACCUGUACAGGAUCGGAGAAUCUACACCUAAUAAAUAAUCUGUACACUGAUGCUUCUGAACUAAGAAUUACAUAUAAUGUGUACAAAGCUGUAUAUACUGUAGCACAUGCGCUCCAUGACCUUCUUGCUUGCCAGGAUAGUCAAGGACCCUGCAUGGCAAACCAAAAAGAUACACUGCCAGUGCAGGCAUUGCAGUACCUAAAAAUAGUUAAUUUCAGUGUAAACAAUGGUGAUUAUGUGAAUUUUGACAUUAACGGAGACCCUCCUGCAAGAUAUGAUUUGGUGAAUUGGCAGCUUAAUGUAAAUGGAAUCAUAGAAUUUGUGACUAUUGGGUUUUAUGAUGCAUCUUUACCAGAAGGAAAACAGUUUAUAAUGAACAACAACAGCAUUGUGUGGGCUAACAAUGAUACCAAGAUUCCAAAAUCAGUAUGCAGUGAAAGCUGUCGUCCUGGUACACGGAAGGCUACAAAAAAAGGAAAACCAGUCUGUUGUUUUGAUUGCCUACCAUGUGCAGAAGGAGAAAUUAGCAAUAGCACAGAUGCAGUUUACUGCACAAAGUGUCCUUUGGAAUACCGGGCCAAUAAGGAGAAAGACCAGUGCAUUUUGAAGGACAUUGAAUUUUUGUCUUAUGAUGAAAUAAUGGGAAGGAUAUUAAUUAUAUUUGCUUUGUUAGGGGCUUUGUUAAGUUCCACGGUUACUGCUGUGUUUUUCAAGUUCAGAGAUACUCCAAUUGUGAAAGCUAAUAAUUCAGAACUAAGUUUUCUUCUUCUUUUUUCAUUGACUCUGUGUUUUCUGUGCUCACUUACAUUUAUUGGAGAGCCCACUCAGUGGUCCUGCAUGUUACGACAAACAGCUUUUGGGAUCACAUUUGUCCUUUGCAUCUCAUGUGUUCUGGGGAAAACAAUAGUUGUGCUUAUGGCUUUUAGAGCAACAAUGCCUGGUAGUAAUGUAAUGAAAUGCUUUGGACCAACUCAACAGCGGUUAAGCGUUUUAAGUUUUACACUUUUACAGACCUUGACAUGUAUCAUUUGGUUAGUAAAACAUCCUCCUUUCCCUUCCAAAAACAUAAGCUCUAAUAAAGAAGUAAUCAUUUUAGAAUGUGAAAUGGGAUCCACAGUAGCUUUUUAUAUUGUGUUAGGAUAUAUUGGCCUGUUAUCAGUCAUGUGUUUUGUUUUAGCUUUUCUUGCUCGGAAAUUACCAGAUAACUUUAAUGAGGCAAAAUUCAUCACAUUCAGCAUGUUGGUAUUCUGUAGUGUUUGGAUCACAUUUAUUCCAUCUUAUAUCAGCUCUCCUGGAAAGUAUACAGUAGCUGUAGAGGUAUUUGCUAUUCUGGCAUCAAGUUUUGGUUUACUUCUUUGUAUUUUUAUUCCAAAAUGUUAUAUCAUACUACUAAAACCAGAUAAAAAUUCAAAAAAACACCUAAUGGGUAAAAUGUAGUCAAAAUCGUUUGGAGAUCAACAUUUGAAAAUGCAGUCACAUCAAAUCCAUAAUACAGUACACAUUGAUACUUUUUUAAAGCAUUGCUUGUACAACAAGCCAAAUUAAAAUUUAGAAGUAUCAUGAACUGUAUGCUAAGGUAAUCCAAAGAUUGUUAAAAAUGAAUCAUGUGUAUAAUUCAACAUGUCUGUUUUAGAAUAUUUAAAAUGUUGUGCUUGGCUGCAGUCCCCACAGCCUUUAUCUAAUUUAGCUGGGUUUAUUAGUAAAAGGAAGGAUGAAUGAAAUGGAUUAUGAAACAUAAGAAAGAACUGUUAUCAGAUCCCAAAAUAAUUUAUUCUUAAUGUUUAUGUAUCAGAAAUGCAUUCUGGCAUAUUUUAAAGUAACUUCCUGUUCAUUUCCAUACAUUUCAGUUUGACACCAUAUGACAAUUUAUAUUUGAUUGUGAUUUUCAGACUGUAUGUUAUGUCAACAAAUUAAGAAAGUUUAUUAAGGAAGUUUUCAGUAUAAAGCAAAAUUGUAUUAAGAUAUUCUGAAUAUAUUUGAGAUAUUUUGCAACAUUGCUUAAUUUGAAGGGUGAUUUUAUAUUUCUCUUAUUUAUUUACAUAUAUAACUUCAUUAACUGAUAUCUGUAAAUGAUGAUGUUUGCUAGUGUGGUAUAAACAUGGAGACAUAUGCCAAAUAAGUAACCUGUAUAGAUAAAAUAAUAGAUUUUUCUUCUUGAAAGACAUGUCUCUCCCACAGCAACACAGUUCAUACAUGUUU